AAAAGUUAUAUUUUAUCAAACAAGCGCCUAAUUAUAUGUGCUCACGCAAACUCACGCUCACGUCCAAGUGAUGACAACAGUUCCGUCCACAUCAUGGAGGGUCGCUCAAUGGUCAGCAUGCCGGUGCGCAUGUGCCUCGAUGUCCAGCUGCCCAGGGGUCCUCGCUCAACUGGAGCCACGAACGUUGAGCAAAGUACCACUCAAAAUGAUACAGAACCACAAGAAUCAAGCAACAACAUUCACAAGGAUGAGUGGUUGGUCGCUAUAGAGAACCAUGUUGACGACACAACAGACAAAUCCCAAAUACAGAGGAUUCCAUCGUUGCUGCGUGAGAAACAAUCCAACAAUUGUUAUGAUCCUCAUGUAGUUUCGAUAGGCCCUUAUCAUUACGGAAAGCCACAGCUCGACACAUUCGAGAAGCUAAAGAUUCCAAUCGCACAGAAAUUCAUUCGUGCCUGUGGUAAUCAAGUAUCCCUGGAACAGUUAUAUGACGAGGUGGCAAAGAUGGGUAAAAUUGCCCUCGAAUACUAUGAGGAAGGCUCGAUUGAAGUCAAAGACGAUGAAGCGUUCAACAGAAUGAUGUUUCUUGAUGCUUGCUUUGUGGUUCAUUUUAUGUCCAUCAAUUCCUAUGGGAUAGAUAAAUUAGAUCCACUGUUGCCUUGGAUUUGCUACUUUGCUUUUGUGCAAAGAGACUUGUUCUUGCUAGAGAAUCAAAUUCCUUUACUACUACUAAAAGUUUUGAUCAAAUUCAGGUGCGAAAAUGAAGGCGAGAAGACAAAGUUGAUUCAGAAUUUCCUUGAUCAGAAGGUCACCAUAAUGCCACCUGAAAAAAAUUCAUCACUGAUGCUGUCAAGAAAUAUCUUGCACAAAAGAUGGGAUGCAGUGUUCAGAAAAAAGAGAAAUCGAAAUUAG